CUAACGUUUCUGUUACUGCUUAAUUUUUCUCGGGAUCCAAACGGAAGACGAGAGAAAAUUUUAGACAUCAUCAUCAUCUUGACCCGAAUUUGUGAUUUUGCAACGAUGGGAGCAUCGUCUUCGACUCCGUCGAAGGCAACAGCACAACAAAGGGAGGUGGAAAGCCUUGCAGCUUCCACUGGAGCUCUUCCUCUGCUCCAAAAAUCCUUCGCAAAGCUCGCUGAUCCUCAAACAAAUAUUGUUUCUAUCCAGUCUCUGCAGCAAUGCUUUGGUUUAAGCUGUAAAGGACCGAUCUUUGAAGCAUCUGGCAUGCCAGAUUAUUUUCCACAGUUGUUGGAUCAUGUGGGUUCAUCCAUAGUAGAUUUGUUUUUCGUGCCGGAAAAAGGAGGCAUAAGUUGGGUUGAGUUUGUGAGAGGUUAUGUUAAAUUCUGUGGGAGGAUGUCUGCAUCCAUGUCACUUAAUACAUUGUUCAGAUUAUUUGCUAUGACAGUGAAAAAAGCAGGACUUCUUUUGAAAUUGGAGUUUGAAUCGGAUGAUGUUGAUUGUAAGAUAAAUGGGUCUUUACGAGCCGUUGAUGUGCUUGUUCUUCUAUGGAUAUGUUGGACCAUGGUGUGGAAUACUACAACUUCAAAAUUUGUAAAAAGAAAGGCAAAUCUAUUCCUGCCGGAUAUAAAUCAUUUGGUAUUGUCAGCAGUGAUAUCCUGUGCUGAUUUCGGCAGUGGCUUGGAUCCAUGGGAGUGCAACAUCUCAAGCUUGGAAGCUGAACUUCCUGUUGGAAAGUUUCUCUCAUGGACAUUAACAACAGUGCCAAGCCUCACAGAAUGCCUUACACAAUUCGUCAACACAAGACUUCAAAACUUGGUGACUAUGGAGGAUGAAUCAGGACCUUCGGUUUCGCAUUCAGAAGACAUUUCUUCAAAGGCGUCUGAUGCUUUACUUCUAACUCAUGGCCGGGCCUGGGCAAUUUCCCUUGCAGCCAAGAGCACAAUAAGGGAAGAGGUUUUGAAAACAUGCCUUGCUGUCGAAGGUGUUGUGAUGGAUGGAAAUCUUCUUUAUAGGUCAUCUCUUCUUGGGAGAGGCUUGAACAGAUUCUGGUCUAACAUUGAAGGUUAUCAUGGUCCAUUACUUCUUUUGGUUUCUGCUAGUUCUGAAGAUGCCAAUGAGGACGCUGGCAAGGUCAGGAGAUGGAUCAUAGGUGCGCUUACACAGCAGGGUUUUGAAAAUAGGGAUACAUUCUAUGGAAGCUCAGGGAGCCUAUUUGCUAUAAGUCCAAUCUUCCAUGCAUUUUCACCUUCAGGGAGGGAGAAGAACUUUAUGUACAGCCAUUUACAUCCUACUGGUAGAGUUUAUGAACCAAACCCGAAGCCUGUAGGAAUUGCAUUUGGAGGAACCAGUGGGAAUGAGAGAAUAUUUAUUGAUGAAGAUUUUGCCAAAGUCACUGUUCGCCAUCAUGCAGUAGACAAAACUUACCAAUCCGGUUCCCUUAUCCCAAAUCAGGGAUUUCUGCCAGUGGAAGCUUCUAUAUCUGAGGUAGAGGUUUGGGGACUGGGUGGCAGGACAGCCAAGGAAGUCCAAACUUCAUAUAAGAAGCGUGAACAACUUUUCACCGAGCAGAGACGCAAGGUUGACCUGAAAACAUUUGCAAGUUGGGAUGACUCACCCGAGAAGAUGAUGAAGGACAUGAUGGCUGAUCCCAAUAGAGUUGAACGUGAAGACCGCUGAGAGAUUGUAUAUUACACUGUCACACUCACUGUAGUACCAAUUUGUUUAGCUAGUUUUGUAUUGUUUUUGAGAAAUAAAAGCCAUGUUUUAGUGGUCCCAAGACUUUUGUAAGUAGUUUGAGGGAGAUGGAUUGAUUAGGUUCAUAGUUUUUCUACCGUGCGAUAUAUUAGUUACAUAGAAUGUUAGUCAACAUGGAUUUCAUCAAUGAAGCUCGAACUUGAAAUAAGUGUUCUUAUUUUGAGUUUCAAAUUGCCUUGGUGCUCAUUCUUCCUGCCAAAUUCUGUGUGUGAAAAGAAAGAAUCUGUGCCGUG